ACAAAAAACGUUGAAGGAACUUGGCAAGAAGUGCGUCUCUUUCCCGUUUCUCUCUCCAGCCUUGAAUUGCAGUUGUAGCUUCUGAUCUCAGUUGCACCAGAGUCUUUUUUUUUUAAUAUUGAUGUGGACUCGUGGGAAACCAAACACUAAUUUAAUCGAAAGCUGCUCGAUCAACCAACUGAGAAUCUUAUCUUGUCAGCUUGGAAGUUCCCGACACUAUCAUAUCCAGACAAAGCAGAGAGCUAGCUCUGAUGGCGUGUCAUGUUUGUCAUCAGAUUCGGCCCAAAGAAAGGCCCGUAGCAUCGUCGGAAUUUUCUGGGAUUUGGAUAACAAGCCACCAAAGACGUUACCUCCUUUUGAAGCGGCCUCGAAGUUAAGGAAGGCAGCAGAGCAGUUUGGGUUUGUUAAGUACAUGGUUGCUUAUGCUAAUCAACGUGCUCUCAGUUAUGUCCCACCUCUUGUUAGGCAGAAGAGGAAUGAUAGGAAAGUGUCGAAUGACUUAGAGUAUACUUGUAGGGUGUGUGGAAGGAGGUUUUACACAAACGAGAAGUUAGUUAACCAUUUUAAGCAAAUCCACGAACGUGAGAAUACAAAACGAGUGAAUCAGAUUGAGAGUGCAACAGGGAGUAGGAGGGUGAAGUUGGUGGCCAAGUAUGCAGCAAAGAUGCACAAGUAUAAGAAUGCUUGUAGAGACAUUUCGACCCCAAAAGUCGGGUACGGUUUGGUGGAUGAAUUGAGAAAGGCUGGAUUUUGGGUUAAGGCCGUUUCAAACAAGCCGGACGCUGCGGAUGUUGCUCUUAGGGAUCAUUUGGUUGAUAUGAUGGCCAAAAGGAUGAUUGAAUGUGUGUUUCUUAUAUCUGAUGAUUCUGAUUUUGUGGAGGUUGUAAAGGAAGCGAAAAGUAGGUGUUUGAGGACAGUGGUUGUUGGUGAUGUCAUGGACGGGGCCCUCAAGAGGACUGCGGACGCUUCAUUCUCAUGGGCAGAGGUAGUGAUGGAGAAGGCUAAGAAAGAAGCAGUUACGGUUGUGGGGCGAUGGAAGGACCGUGACGUGUUGAAAAAAUUAGAGUGGACUUAUGAUCCUGAGAGAGACAAAAAAUACUAUAUGUUAUCUGACUUCGAGAGUGAGGACGAUUCGGAUGUUGACCUUUUUGUUUCUGAGGAAAAUGAUGAUGAUGAUGAUGAUCAUUUUCUACACAAGGAAGACAAUGGAGCAUGGUGGGAGCUGGGUUCUGAGACGAAAUGUGAUGGAUCCAUUGGGUACCCAUAGUAAAUCAAGUAUCUUUGGACAUAUUUGGCCGUGCCAGGCACUUUUUCAUUCAAAAUAUUCAGAAGAUUCAGCCAAACAACCCUUACUAGAUGGGCCUUCAACAUGAAAAAAAUGAAUAGCCGAGGCAAAUGAGUUAAUUGUGGUCUUUGUGCAAUGGCUAAGACAGAAAUUGAUCUUAAUUACUUAAUUAUGCCAUGAGAGAAUUAUUUUGAGGAUUUCUUUCUUAAGCGUGCUUGGACGAGAGUAGUACUAGGAUGGGUGGCUAAUCCAGAAACUCUAACAGUGGUUUACUCUCUGGUGAAAAGGGUAAAACUUUGGCUUGAGCUGAAACUCGCCCUCUUUCUACCGAACUUUUUGCUGCAGCACAAGUCUGUUCCUAAAAACUAUAGCCAAUGACGAAAGGAUGUCACUAACUGGCGCCUGAAGUCGCUUUCAGAGGCAGUCUCCUUGGAGUGUUUUCUGCCCGCAAAUGAAUACUCUGACUACGAGCCUCUCCUAGUCCCUACAAACCACAGUUGCACGCAAAUGUUCCUCUGGGAACCGUUUCGGAAGGAACUUCAAGCAAUUCCAGACUUGGAGGUGAUGAUCUUAAAUAUGAUCCCUUUUGAAAAACUCUUACUGUUCUCCAAAGUUUAGGAAAUGGUGAAGCUAUUUUUGAUCCUGCACUCGUCAUUGGUGCAAUUACUGCCAAGGACCAAGGGCCGUUCACAUAACACGGUCCAUCCGGGCCUGCUUUGGAGCAGGCCCGGCCCUGAGGUAAGCCAGAGGAGCCGUUGCCUAGGGCUCAUCGUCAAAGUGGCCUUUUUUUGUUUACCUACAAUAUGUUAAACAAUUGACAUAAAAUAAAAGAACGGCAAAUAAAAUAUACACCAUUUC